CAGCCGGGCCGCCAUCGGCGGCGCACACGGCGUGGCGUUCCUCGGUCCCGCUUCAGAGCUUGUGCACGGCUUCACCUCAGCUCAGCCACCGCCGCCUCAGUGCUGCUCGGCGCCGGUCCCGCCUGGCCACCCCCGGCUUCACCGCGCCCGCCCGCGGUAGCGGUUCCCUGCAGCUGCCGGGCCGCUUUCCCGGCCUCUCGCAAGCCACUCUUGAAUCUCUCCGCUGCGAAAGAGAGCAAGCUGUGUUGAAAAAACUUUCUGCCAUGAGAUGAGGUUCUAGUAUGCAUUUGUAACUGGUAUAGUAAUCUGGACUUUGCACAGGAGUGGAAAAGCCUGACAUUCCUGAAAAUGGCAGCUGAGACAUCCACAGAAGUUCCAAAAACUGCUAGACAAUUCGUCCUUAAAGAAGAGGUAAUUGUAGAAAGAAAAUGGUUGAAGCUUGAAGAAACAACUUAUACUGAUCCCUUUGGUAAAACCAGAACUUGGGAAACUGUAAAGCGUACUGGCAACAGAAAGGGCGUUUCAGCUGAUGGUGUAGCUGUGAUAGCGGUACUACAGAGAACUCUCCACUACGACUGCAUUGUCCUGGUGAAACAGUUCAGGCCUCCAAUUAAUGGCUAUUGCUUGGAAUUUCCUGCAGGCCUCAUUGAGGAAAAUGAGACUGCAGAAAGCGCUGCUUUGCGAGAGUUGGAGGAAGAAACUGGGUACAAGGGGGAAGUUGUUGAAUGUACUCCAGCUCUCUGCUUGGACCCAGGUUUGUCAAACAGCACGACACACAUUGUGAGCGUCACCAUUAAUGGAGAUGAGGCUGAGAAUACAAGACCUAAGCAAAAACUUGAUGAUGGAGGUAUGUUACGUAGCUGUGCUCAGUGACAGUAAGGUCAAGUGUGAUCAUCUUAUGGCAAGUUUUACUUAGAAAAUGUCAGUUAAAGCUGUUUUUUAUUUGAGCUUAGUUAAUCUCCUGACCUGAAUCAAACAUGCAUGAGACUGGCUUUGGCCUAGACAUGAAAAUGCCUGUGGGGCAUUAGCGCAUCAGUUAUCUUCAAGCAUUGCACCUACAGCACCAUUAUCUCAGGAAAUACACAUUACUGGACCCACAACAGCUGUAGAUGAAGCCCCAAAGAUAACUAAUUCAGAUAGACUAGGGAGAGGUGUAAGGCAACACAAAUUCAUCAAGAACAAACCCUUUGUCUUUCUGCUAUUUUGGUCUUCAAAUGCAUCUAUGGUCCAUCACUGUACCAGUAUAAGCCAGACAAAAGUCCACUUCAACAGUGUAUUUUCCAUUCUCAGAAGGGAGAAGGUCUCCUUUUAGAAGGAUUCUUAUACUCCAUAGCUGUCAGCUACGCUGGUUUUCCCAGCUCUCUCGUUUCUUUCUGCUGAACCUGGUUUUUAAUGAUCCCACUUUAUCAGCCUUUUUAUGAUACAUGAAGGCUCACAGCUUUUGGAUGGUGAUGAGCAUUAAGCCAGUGUGUUCCCCCUUCCAAGCUGUAAGAAACAGAACGCUGAGGUAGCCUUCCUCUACUGUUCGCUAAAUUAAAGGUGCAUAAA